CGUUCUCACUGCACAGACAGAGAGCCAACCAUGGACAGCAAGAUGAGCGGCCAUGGGAUUCCUCGGAAGGUGGUCGCCGCCCUCCUCCUCCUCGCCGCCGCCUCGAUGCUCUGCUCCACCUCCAUGGCCCUCACCCCGGACGGCCAGGCAUUGCUCGACCUCAAGCUGGCCUUCAAUGGCAGCAGCCAGCGCCUGACGAGCUGGAAGCCCUCCGACCCAAACCCCUGCGGCUGGGAGGGCAUCUCCUGCUCCUUCCCCGACCUCAGGGUCCAAUCCAUAAAUCUCCCUUACAUGCAGCUUGGGGGCAUCAUUUCACCUAGCAUCGGGAGGCUCGAUAAGCUGCAGAGGAUAGCGUUGCACCAGAACAGCCUGCAUGGCCCAAUCCCUGCAGAGAUCAAGAACUGCACCGAGCUUAGAGCAAUUUACCUCAGAGCCAACUACCUGCAAGGAGGCAUCCCUUCAGAGAUUGGCGACCUCAUUCACCUCACAAUCUUGGACCUGUCGAGCAACUUGUUGAGAGGCACAAUACCGGCGUCCAUCGGAAGCCUUACUCACCUUCGUUUUCUGAACCUAUCCACUAAUUUCUUUUCUGGAGAGAUCCCAAAUGUUGGUGUCCUUGGAACCUUCAAAAGCAGCUCGUUCGUUGGAAAUUUGGAGCUUUGUGGACUGUCCAUCCAGAAGGCUUGCCGCGGAACCCUUGGGUUUCCUGCAGUGUUGCCACAUUCUGAUCCCCUCUCCUCGGCUGGUGUUUCGCCAAUCAACAAUAACAAAACAUCGCAUUUCCUGAAUGGCAUUGUGAUCGGCUCAAUGUCAACCAUGGCUCUUGCAUUGAUCGCGGUACUAGGCUUCCUCUGGAUAUGUCUCCUGUCCAGGAAGAAGAGCAUUGGUGGAAGCUAUGUUAAAAUGGACAAGCAAACUAUCCCAGAUGGUGCAAAGCUUGUGACGUACCAGUGGAACCUUCCAUACUCAUCAGGUGAGAUUAUCAGAAGGCUGGAGCUGCUUGAUGAAGAGGAUGUGGUUGGUUGUGGUGGUUUUGGUACUGUGUACAAGAUGGUGAUGGAUGACGGCACAGCAUUUGCUGUCAAGAGGAUUGACCUCAACCGUGAAGGGCGCGAUAGGACCUUUGAGAAGGAGCUUGAGAUUCUCGGCAGCAUUAGGCAUAUUAACCUUGUUAAUCUGCGAGGAUACUGCCGCCUUCCCACGGCCAAGCUACUCAUAUAUGAUUUCUUGGAGCUGGGCAGUCUGGAUUGUUAUCUUCACGGAGAUGCUCAGGAUGAGCAGCCAUUGAACUGGAAUGCUCGAAUGAAGAUUGCCCUGGGUUCUGCUCGAGGGCUGGCGUAUUUGCACCAUGAUUGCUCACCCGGGAUUGUCCACAGGGACAUCAAAGCCAGCAACAUCCUUCUGGACAGAAGCUUGGAACCCCGAGUAUCGGAUUUUGGCCUUGCAAGGCUGCUGGUAGAUAAUGAUGCCCACGUUACCACUGUUGUGGCUGGUACUUUUGGAUACCUAGCACCAGAAUACCUGCAAAAUGGCCAUGCUACCGAAAAAUCUGAUGUUUAUAGCUUUGGAGUGCUUUUGCUCGAGCUGGUGACUGGAAAGAGGCCUACAGAUGCAUGCUUCCUCAAGAAGGGACUGAACAUUGUUGGCUGGCUGAACACACUAACAGGGGAGCAUCGGCUGGAGGAGAUCAUCGAUGAAAAUUGUGGCGACGUCGAAGUCGAAGCAGUUGAAGCAAUCCUUGACAUUGCUGCGAUGUGCACCGAUGCAGAUCCAGGGCAGCGUCCAUCGAUGAGCGCUGUCCUGAAGAUGCUGGAGGAGGAAAUCCUGUCACCUUGCAUGAGUGAGCUCUACUACGAGCAGCACCUGGAACUCUGAGUGAGUAGUUAUAAUGGUUGCUACUCAUGAUUGCAGUGACAAAGCAACAAUUUUGUAGAUACAUGAUGAUGAACCGUGUAGGAGUGUGGCUGGACAAGUGCAGCUUCACAUCUUCAUUUCUGCCCAGAUGGUUCUUGGGGCAGAACCAAAUCACUGUGGUCUGUACAUAGUGAGACCUUGUGUUCAUCUUUUCUCAUUUAUCUCUGUCUCUGGCCUCAGCAAGUCCAUUUGAACCAAACCAC